AAAUCCAGGUCAUCCCGGCGGAUCAGCAGCGGCGGCGGCGCGACUCUCCGCAGACUCACGGAGACAUUUCCUCAUUCCUCCGUGCAAAGUGAGCUUGCGGUCUGAAGGAUGAGGUGGGGCGCGCUGAUUAGCAUGCUGCUACGCUGAGAAGAGUUUAUCCAGCCAGGACGAGCAGCAGCAACUACACGUUCCCUUCCUGAAUCGGCUAUCAGACACCUGCUCUGAAUCAAGUACCUGUCUGGAUCUUUCCCUCGCACACACACACACGCAGCUAUGGCUGGCUGGCUCUGGCUGGGAGGGUAAUCGGUGUGCUGGUUGCCUGGCAACCCCACCCUGAAUCCUGCCGAAUAGAGCCCUGGUCUGUCACUGAAGACUUUUUAGCCCCCCUCUACCCUUCUUCUGAGUUGAUUUCCCCUUUGGAGGAGGUAGAGGGCAGCGGCCGGAGCAGGAGCCAUGGACUUAUGAGGUGAGAAUGGCAGCACGGCGGCUGUUCGACCCUCAGGAGCCCUCAGGCAAUCAGAGCCAAUAACGUGGGUGACCACACACACAUUCAUACGGGCCGAGCGGCAGGAGCAGUAUGCAGGAGGCUGACCUACCGGCAACCAAUGCUUUCACAGAGUGCAGAUUCCUGUGCACCAACGGCAGAUGUCUGAAUGUGGGCUCGCAGGUCUGUGAUCAGCUCAACCACUGCGGAGACAACAGUGAUGAGGAGCACUGCCCCGUCUCCACUCAGCAUCCUGCAUCUGCCAUCUUCAGCUCUGAACUGGAGUUUGUGCAGAUCGUGAUCAUAAUCGUCGUGAUGACUGUGAUGGUGGUGGUGGUCGUGUGUCUGCUCAACCACUACAAACUCACCACGUGGUCAUUCCUGAGCCGGUCAAGUCAAGCACAGAGUCAGGAUCUCUCUCUGCAGCCGGAGGGCUCUUUGUGGCCAUCAGAUAAUGGGCUGAGACAAGGGGCAUCUGAGGUGGUGUACGCUCCUCAGCCGAGGGACCGUUUCACGGCGCCCACUUUCAUGCAGCACAACCGCUUCAGACGUUUCCAGCCUACCUACCCAUACCUGCAACAUGAGAUUGACCUGCCGCCCACCAUCUCUCUGUCAGAUGGAGAGGAGCCGCCACCGUACCAGGGCCCCUGCACACUGCAGCUGAGAGACCCUGAGCAGCAGCUGGAGCUCAACAGAGAGUCAGUGCGGGCGCCACCAAACCGGACCAUCUUUGACAGCGACCUCAUCGACAUGCACAGUUCAGCCGGCGGCGGCGGACCGAGGCCUCCUAGUAGCAACUCUGGGAUCAGUGCGGCCAGCUCCAGUACACACGGGCGCAUGGAGGGCCCUCCGCCCGCUUACAGUCAAGUGAUCGGGCAGCACUCGGGCAUCGUGCUUUACCUCCAGCAGCACAGCAAUAACUCGCCUGUCACUGUGCAGACUCCGCCCACAGGCCGGACAGAUCCCAACAACACAGAAAGCACAAUAGUGCUGAGCAAAGACCCACAGAGGGAGGAGCUAGUUUGAGGGGCGGGGCUAGCACACGAUUGGCUGAUCUCCAUCACUCUAUAUAAAGGGAACGGGUUUGAAAUGCCCGUGCACAGCAGCGCUUAACGCGUUUUCGCGACAACCAUGUUGUUUUUGUUUUUUUAAAUAACAAAUAUGGAGCUGAGCUUACUAGAGAAAACAUUUCAUUUGUUUUCUGUCCAACCAGCUGGGCAAAAACUGGAGUUUACGCACUGCCUGGAGUCUCCCACCUUAUUUUUUAUUGUUUUUGCUGUGUAUUAUGUAUAGCUGACGAAUUUAGAGAAGGUAAUCCGUGCACAAGACAGGCUUUUUGUUGUUGUCAGUGUUGUUUUCUUCCCCUUAAAUGCCCCGUUUUCACUCAAUCCGCACUAGUUGUGUGGGUAGAAAAUGUCCUUUUUUUAAUUAUUAUUAUUCUUAAUAUUAUUAUUAUUUAAAGACCGAGAUCUGUGCAGCAUGAACAAAAACUAAAAUGCGAAAAAGGGUGAAAAUCCAAAUCUUAGUGCCAAGGUUUAUGCGGAAGGUGUGAUGGGGGCGACGACUGUCUUAAAGACUUGUUAUACAUCGAAAUCAAAAAACCCUUUUCUGAACUUUUGCACUAUUGUUGAGGUUAAUCAUAGAAAUUUGGGGGUGAUGUAUACGUGUUUACUGUUUGUACUGUCGUUUUCACCUAGAUGCGAUCAUAUGCUUGAGUGCGAGCUUUUCUAGCGGAGGGAAAUGAUCUUGUCUGUCUUCAGCACAAGGAAAAAUCUCAGAUCCAGCCUAAAAUAACCUCGGUCUAAAAGAGGCACAGAAUACAGAGAGUCUGCUCUGCUCUCAUCUAUCCUCACCACUGACACAUUCAGCCGCUUUCACACACUCUAGCUGAUCUCAGGUCAGUCGGCUGGAGGCACGCUUGACAUUUUGACUAAAAAAAUAACUCACUUAGAGAGAGAGAUCCAAACAAGUUUGACAUGUUAUGAGAUUCUUGCUCACUUUUUAAGAGUUUCUCCAAGCUUAUUCUUAUCAGCGCAUUUUUAAUCAUAUAUUUAUUAUACACUUUUAUAUAGGUAGACUUUAAAUAAAAUAUCCUUUUUUAUGUAUAAUUUAGCUUUUAAUGGAAUAAUAAAUUAAAAAUGGCAUCUUUGUAUGGGUCAAAAAUGAGUUUUCUGGCAUCAAAUCAAAUUUACAAAAGUCGAAAGCAUAUGGACCCUUUUCACAGGACUGUUAGGACUCUUUUAACGGUCAUCAGCAUCUUAAAUCCUUAAAAGUUUUUAUUAUUUAGAUUUAAAAAAGCAAAACGUAUGAGCAUUUCCGGGUAUUUAUGUAUGUAUUAUAUCAUCUUUGCAUCAAAUUACAAAAAAGAAUCACUUCUUGUGUGAGACAUUUGAAAUGCAGGACAGUAAAUUUGGCCUAGUUCUCACAUAAUCCUUUAUCUGAGAGUCUUGAUAACACCAUCAUGGAGAUUUUCUUUUAUUAUUUCAGCAGAUGGGAUUGUAUAAAUUGAUUUGUUAUACUCUCCUAUUCACUAAGUUUACUCAACUAUAGAUUAAACAUGGGACGAUAACCGUUAUCAAGGUAUACUACUGUUUGGGAAAAGUAAAGGUUUUAAGUCGAGUCAAAAUUUUCUGCUAUACCGUUCCUAUGCUAUGUGUAAGAUUUAAUUUGUUUUUAAGACUACAGUAUCUUCAGCAGAAAAGAAAUCUGUGAUUGUGAAACUAAUGAGAGCGGAAACCUGACAUGUUUACUGUUCCAAAGUGUUUUAAAUGUUUCCUAAUAUAAAAUAUAUUGUGGUCAAAGUUGAAAAAAGUAGCUGUUUUUUUACCUAGACAUUUAAAAAGAGUAUAUUUUAGAGUAUUAAUCACAAUAAAACGUUUGUUGGCCAACAAAGUUUAUCAUACCAUCAGAAUCUUAUACGGGCCCAUGCCUACUAUAGAACAUAGAAAGAACUAAGAAACCCAGAAAUGUGAAAGGGGUCCAUUAAAAACAGGUAAAGUGUCUACUUGGAUGUUUCUUUCUUACUUCAAAAAUAACUUUUAUGAAAAUAACGUCAAAAUGUGGCGUAGGAGUAUUCCACAGUCAUUUAAAGUGAGUAAAAAAAUUAAACUGCAUAUUUAAUGUACUUAUUAAAAUAUCUAAAAAAAAUAAGAGAUCAUAUAAAAUGCAUUUAAUUUUAAUUAUUAAUGGCAUUUAGCUGAAAAAUGGGUGAAAUUUUGGUGUUUAAAUUGAUUCUUGA